AUGUUCAUGAAGGCAAGCAUGAAUGCCAUAGCUGUAGUCAGAAGACUCUUCCUUGUCCUCUUCCAGUGCAAAAAGCUGCUGUUCUUGCUCUGUGUGGGUCUGUGUGUGAAGAGCCUGUACAAUGUGACGAACACACUUGGCGGGCAUACUGAAAAUGGAACCCUUUACAUGGUCUUUGGAGGGGACCUGUUCAUGGACACCAGUGGUCAGGAGCUGGGAGACAGAACAACAUGGAGGCACGUUGGUGCUUGCCGAAGACGCUUUGUGUGGAGAAAGCCUUUUCUUAAAAGGUUUAAAUCUCACUGGGAGCCUUUCCUGACCAGCAAAUCCAUAUACUCACUCCUGGACAGGCCUUUUAAACAGGAGCUUGAAAAAGUUCUGUGGCUCCACAAACUUCCUUUUGGGCUGCACAGAUCAGUUCUCUCUGCUUUUAGCACAUUGCAGCUUCUUCCAGAGCAGGAUUUGCCUGGAUCCUUUGGCCGUUUAUGGUGCCAAAGGUGCAUUGUGGUUGGCAAUGGCUACUCUGUCCAUGGGCAGCACUUUGGGAAAAUGAUUGACUCUCAUCAUGUUAUCAUAAGAUUAAAUGAUGCUCCAGUAAAAGAGUACAAGAAGGAUGUGGGAGAAAGAACCAGCAUUCGUCUCUUCUUCCCUGAAUCAGCUCUGCCCAACCCUCUGGAAAACAGUGACAACAAUACACUGAUGGUGUUUGUCCCAUUCAAGCCUUUGGAUUUUUUAUGGCUGAGGGAAGUAUUGCUGAAAACAAAGAACAAGACAAAGGAGGGAUUUUGGCGCCAGCCUCCCCAGGAGUGGAACUGGAACAUCUCUCAGCUACGUAUUCUCAAUCCAUAUGUCACCUAUGAGGCAACAUUCAAGCUGCUGCAGCUGAAUGCAUCAAGUAGGAGAUAUGCCACCACGGGAAUCAUUGCUUUGAACUUAGCCCUCCAUCUGUGCCAAGAGGUCAACAUUGCAGGCUUUGGUUACCCUGGCAACCAUGACACUACUACACCAAUACAUUAUUACAAUACUGGUCUCUCACGGAAAAAUGAGCUCUUUCAGCAUAAUCUCACAGCUGAGAGGAACUGGCUUCUGAAAAUGAUUGAGUGGGGAGUGAUUGCUGACUUAACCAGCCAUACCUUCCAGACCCAGAACGACUGA